AUGCUCGCGCGGGUGCUUCUCUUUGCCACGAUCUCCCUGGCAGCAGCAGGAAACUGCAAAGACAAGGUGUGUACUCAGGGGCCUCACCUGCUCCAGACCAGAUCCGCGGUGGACCAGCACCAGCAUGAGGGUCUGAACACGGAGCAACCGGAGGAGCUCUUGGAGUGCGACCUCAGCGUGGUGGAGAUGGACUUCGAAACGGGCCCGGACCGCCAGGAGGUGACGUGCCACGCCCCGGGCGGCGACUUGGAGUUGGACCUCCGGGGCGCCAGGGGCUUCAAGGCCCUGACCGGGGACAAGGCCACGGUGCGGGGCUAUCGUGAGGGUCGGCGCAAGCUGCGGGUGAACUCCUUCGAGGUGCGCCCUGGGCGAGGGCGCGGCAGGGGUCACGGUCCCAAGGGUCCCAACAGUCCCAGCCUGCUGCAGAGCACCGGGGUGCGCACUGCCGCGGUGCUCAUGAUCCGGUGGCUGGACGCUGCUGGGAACCUCAUCCCCUCGGCCAUGGACACGGCGGCGGAGCGCCAGAGCUUCGCUGUCGGGGUGAACAACUCGCUCUACGGGGACUUCGACUCCUCGGUCCGCAAGACCCACGCGAGCACCUGGAAGGAGUGCUCCUACGGCCAGCUGGAGCUGGAUUUCGACGUGGACGGCGCCGCCAAUGACCUGGACCAGGACAUCUCCGGCGAAGGCGCCGACAUCUUCUAUGCGGACAUUCCCAUCACCUGCGACACGGCCACCGACGCCCUCUGCCCGAGCAACUACGACGCUGCCAACUCUUGUACGGGCACAGAGUACUACGGCUGGCCCCGGUACGCCUUCAACCUCUUUGCACAGACGAAGCCAGGCUUCUCUCGGAGCAACUGGCAGCACUGGAUCUUGAUCUUUCCCCGGGACGUGAUCAACUGCAACUUCAUUGGACUGGGGAAUGUGGGCUGCUCCUCCAGCUACUGCUACUCCUGGAUCCCCACGGAUUAUUCCGCUAAGCACCAGGACUAUACCCACGAGCUGGGGCAUAACCUGGGCAUGGGCCACGCGGGCGUGGAGGGGGGGAACCAGUACGCGGACUACAGUUGCGCCAUGGGCUACUGCUGCUCCGUACGUUGCUACAACGCACCCCACGCCUACGAGCUCGGGUGGAUGACGCCUUUGAUGGAGCUGACUGCGGCCAACUUCGUUGCGCCUUUGACGGGUGUGGCGCUGCGGUCCAUGUCGCUGUACGAGGACCCGGUUUCGGAUGUUGCCCGGCUGGGGGGUCAUGGAAGGAAGACCAGGCAUGGGGUGACAGAGGUAGUUGGCCCAGUUGUUUUCCAAAAGGACGGAACUAUCUCUAUCACCACAGACUGGGUGGCCACGGUGACAACCUAUUGGAUCCAGCUGAAGACAGCCCACGCCUACGACAAAUUCAUGAAUUCUGCCUGGUUGAACAACGUCCAGAUCAAGAAGUGGAACAAGGGUGACUAUGAGGGGACCUGGCACAUGGCCACCCUUGCGGCAGGCCAGAGCUGGACUUCUCCGGAUGGCGAGGUCACUGUCACAGUGGACAGCAUUGACACCACCAGCGCAAUGACUGCCAUGCUGAGCCUCACAAGGGCAAACCUCCCGACCACCACGGUGGCCGGCGGCGAUUGCGAUGUGUCCAGCUGCUCAGCUGGGCAGUGCGUGGUGACGGGCACGAGCACCGACUGCUGCGGGAACUCCAUGUGCGAAGCGGGGGAGGACUGCACCUUGAAUGCUAUCGGGUUGGCCUCUUUUGGGAGCACCUCCUGCCCGUCCGACUGCGCCUCGCAGACCGGUGGAGGCGCCGUGUGCGGCAAUGGCGUGUGCGAGGCCGGGAACGGGGAGACCUGCCGCACCUGCCCAGCCGACUGCGCGGGCAGGCGGAAUGGAAGGAGGCGAAAUCGCUUUUGCUGCGGGGACUCCCGCACUGCGUGCUCCGACAGCCGCUGCAGCGCAAAUUCCUUGUCGUGCACUAUGUCGGAGGUGGUCACUGAGACCAGCUGCUGCGGGGACGGCGUGUGCACCGCGGGCCUGGAGUCCAGCGGAACUUGCAGCAUCGACUGCUGA